AUAUAGAAGAUAUUCAUGUCCAUGUCCAUGGGAGGAAGCUGGGCGGAGUUUUGCGCAGGAUCAGUGCGCAUACCCGGAAAAACAAGCGGAACACGUGGUCAGAGGGCUGCUCAUGGAGCUGCGGUGGAAGAUCGUGGUCAGAUGGCGCUGAGGACGGUUUGUCCAUAUGGGAACAUGACGGGUCGAAGACGUCGAGCUGGACGAGCUGCCAGGACGAGGAGGCAGAAACAUGAAAACUCCCUCCGGUCAGCCUCCUUACGUCACCUGUCUCAGUACAUCAGACUGAUGAAGUUUCUUCACCAGCGAGGAUUCACCUCCACUCUGCUGCAGCCGGCCGUCUUCACCGACACAGGUCGAGGACUUCAGACUCUCAGAGCUAUAAAGCCCGGUCAUCUGGUGAUUUCUCUGCCUGAGUCGUGUCUCCUCACGACCUUGACUGUCCUGAACAGCUACUUGGGAGAAUAUAUAAAAAGCUGGAAGCCUCGUCUGUCUCCCCUCCUGGUUCUCUGCGUCUUCCUGGUUUGCGAGCGUCACCGAGGGGAGGCCUCUGAUUGGUUCCCCUACGUCGACCUGCUGCCCGCUUCCUACACCUGUCCCGUGUACUUCGGCGACGACGUCAUGGACGCUCUGCCCGCCUGUGUGAGGAGGCGGGGCUUAGAGCAGAGGGAGGCGGUGCAGGAAAUGUUCUCCUCCAAUCAGGACUUCUUCAGGUCUCUGCAGCCGGUCCUGAAUCAGUCUACAGAGGACGUGUUGACCUACGAGGCUUUCAGAUGGGCCUGGUGCAGCGUCAACACUCGCUCCGUCUUCAUGUCUCAUCGGCCAAGCAGCUUCUUGUCUGGACCGGAUCGCUUCGCUUUAGCUCCGUUUCUGGACCUGCUGAACCACCGAGCUGACGUCCAGGUUGAAGCCAGUUUCAACGAUGCGACAAGGUGUUACGAGAUCAGGAGUGUUUGUGGGACUCGGCGCUUCCACCAGGCCUUUAUUAACUACGGUUGCCAUGACAACCAGCGAUUACUGUUAGAAUAUGGCUUCAUCUGCAGCGACAAUCCUCACAGCGUCGUCUACGUGGACGUAGAUCUGCUCUGUGAUGUUUUGAAAGCUGACAGGAGUUUGGAUCAGAAGAUCAAGUUCCUCAGAGAAAACAAUUUCCUUCAAAAUCUGACUAUUUCCAGCGAAGGCCCCAGUUGGAGGCUGCUGACGGCACUCAGACUGUUUUCUCUGCCACAAACGAUGUACCACCAGUGGAAGACAGUGCUGCUCGGUCAGACGCUGUGUGAAGAAAAAGAACAGUGGAUCGUUGGAACAGCGAAGAUUCUCUGUCAGCGACUUCUACGGGACACAUUUACAGCUUUAGAUAAGAUCUCAAACCUCCUCCAGCAGAGUGAGCAGCCAAUCAGAGAGCAGCUGGAGGUGGUGAUGUCACUGCGGCAGGAGGAGAGGUGCAUCCUGGGAAGAUGUCUGGAGGUUCUGGAUGAGUCUCUCAAACAAACUGAUGAACUGUUGCCAUGUCAACAGGAUGCUGAUGCUGUGAGCUGACGACUGAUGCUGGAUCAGAGUCCAGCUGUGCUAAAAAACUAUGAGAUCUAAAAUCUACUGAAAAUGGACUUAUGGAGGACGGAACUGUGAGGAAACAGAAGAGCAGAGAUUUGACUCUGAAGAGUCAUUUAUUUAUUUAUUUCAGAGAUUUUUAGGAGCCAUUCAGUAAAGAAAUUAGAAAGUUCAGAAGACGAUACUGGCAAGACUCCAACACAUUUCAUGACGGCAGCUGAACUUACGUACUUGUUGCAGUUUGGAUAAAUUCACGUCAAACUGCCAAACAUUUUAGCCUGAAAAGUGCUUAAUAUAUGAAGCUAAAAUUACACAAAUAUCUUUAGAAAUAUCCACUCUUUAUACUAUGAAAACUGUCACUGUCCAAAAGACAGUAAUUUUGAGAAUUCUAGUUCCAAGUUAGUUAUAUUUUGUCGUCAUUUCAUAAAUGUUUGAAUUCAUAUUGUUGUUAAAACUACUUAAAAGCACAAUAAAUGAGAUGAUAAGAAUGGUAGCUUUGACAAUGUACACCUUUAAAAUUGAUGUUUGGUUUAAAAUGUGUUGCUGUUUUACAAUGUUCAUUUGAUGGAGGAUGAAACAAGUCACAUGACCAGUUUAGUUACAGGUCACACCUGUGGGACUGUGGGUCAGAUGCAACACACUGCAGAGGGAAACAAUAUGGUCUUAAAAACCUAACUAUUCUGCAUGGUCUGAGAGGUGUAUACAGUAAGUGUGACCUUUAAGUUUUAUUUGUUUCAUAUUUGGUGCCAUUAUUAAAGUGCUUUGUAUGGACAGUUUAAUGUAUUGUUGUCGCAAGCUGGCAUACUGGACUUACUUUUGGAAUCCAGGUAAUUUGAGAUACUUUUUGUGAAACUUUGUGUUUGUAUCCGAAAUGUUUGUAUGUCUUUAUUUUGUGGGUUGACUGAAGAGAAAAUCAAAGUUAAAAAGCAUCUAUAUGAUGCGUGGCCUUCAUUAUAUCAGACCGAAGUAGUUAAAAAAAAUGUGCAGGUGAAUCAAAAUGCUUGAGAAGAAACUGUUAUAGAAAUUUGACUAUUUGUGCUGAAGGUGCUACUUGUUGUAAUCUGAAUAAAUUCAAGGACAAACGUGUGUGACGACCCUCCACCUGGACACCAGGUGAGCCUGUUCAGAAGCUGAGGGUCAUCAGCUGAUUGAGCCGCACCUGGGAUCAAGUGGCUCAAACUGCAUCAAACCUCCCUCACUUCCAGUGUGUGUCUCUCUGACAGGAGCUGCUUCCUUCUGGAGCUCCAGAAGCCUGGUUUUGGUUUGGUUUAUAGUCUUUUGUCUUACAAUAAAUCUUACAAUUACAAUAAAACCCUUUUUUUUAAGUCAC